AUAAAGAAGCAGUGGAAUCAAAAUGCUUUCCCAAUUGGUAAAGGAACAUUCUUAUAUGUGUUACCAUGUUGGUCUCUUAUUGCUGUUUUUAUCAUGUUUUAAAAUGUUGUCAGCACUUUGGUGCAAAAAAAACAAGUCCAAUAGUGUUGGAAGUCCUCCGGGAAAUAGAGGAUUACCCUUCAUAGGAGAGACACUGCAUUUCAUGGCUGCCAUCAAUAGUACUAAAGGAGUCUACGAAUUUGUUCGACUUCGCCGCCUCCGAUAUGGAAAUUGCUUCAAGACCAAGUUAUUUGGGGAAACACAUGUAUUUAUUUCGAGUAAGGAUUCAGCGAAAACGAUUCUAAGAAACGAAGGAGGGAAGUUCUCAAAAAAGUACAUAAAGACAAUCUCCAAGCUCUUGGGUCCUGAUAGUUUGCUCUGUGCAGCUGAGCAGCAUCACAAACUCAUUCGAAGCCGUCUUUUCAGUUUGUUCUCACCUCAUUCUUUGUCUUCCUUUGUUCAACUCUUCGAUGGACUUGUAGCUGAAGCUACAAGUGCAUGGAAAUGUGGAUCCCUUCUCAUCAUACAAGAUGAAGCCCUCAAGCUAGCUUGUAAGGCAAUGUGCAAGAUGCUAAUAAGCAUUGAGAAUGGUGAUGAACUAAUGGUGAUGCAAAAGAAUGUUACUUGUGUGUCUGAAGCAAUGCUUGCAUUGCCUUUGAGAUUACCAUGGACCAGAUUCUACAAAGGUCUUCAGGCUCGAAAAAGAAUUAUGAACAUAUUGGAGAAAGUUAUUAGUGAAAGAAGAAGCGGAAUCACAACUAGCCAUGUAGAUUUUCUUCUGCAACUUUUGACAAAUGAUGAUAAUAAAUUAGAAAAAGAUGAAGUUAUAACAAGGCUAACAGAUGAAGAGAUCAAAGAUAAUAUCUUAACUAUGAUAAUUGCUGGACAAGACACUAUAGCAAUUGCAGUGACAUGGAUGAUCAAAUUUUUGGACGAGAAUCAAGAGGUUCUCAAUGAGCUUAAGAAGGAACAAGUUGAGAUUGAGAAAAAAUGUAGAGGAAGUAUGAAUCUUACAUUAGAGAUUCUUUCUCAGAUGCAAUAUGCUUCCAAGGUGGUAAAAGAAGCAUUAAGAAUGGCAUCUGUAGUGCAAUGGUUGCCUAGAGUAGCACUUGAGGACUGCGAAAUUGAAGGAUUUGAGAUCAAAAAAGGUUGGAACAUUAAUAUUGAUGCUAGAUCAAUACAUCAUGAUCCAAGUAUUCACAGCGCCCCGAAUGUGUUCAAUCCUUCAAGAUUUCCGAGUGAGUCAAAACCAAACAGCUUCUUAGCUUUUGGGAUUGGAGGAAGAAUGUGUCUUGGGAAGAACAUGGCUGAAGGAAUGAUGUUGGUGUUUCUUCAUCGUUUCGUUACUCGUUUCAAGUGGAAGGUGAUUGAUUCUGACUCGAGUAUUCAAAAAUCAGCACUUUUUACGAAACUUAAGAGUGGUUAUCCGAUACGUUUGAUAUAUGUGAAGGAAGAAGAAAUGAACAAAAAAAUUGUGUGAGGGCAUAAACAAUGGAUGCAUCAUGUUCAAUAUAUCAAUAGAUGUUUGAACUUUAUAUACUAAUGGUUAAAGUUGUUAUGAGCAAUAGGAAUCAUAGUAUAUACAGGAAGAAAAACAACCAAUAUAGGGAGAAAAAAAUAAUUGUUAAAUUACAAGAAAUUAAGAGACAUUUGUUGAAUCUUAAUUGGGGUUUCAAAUGAAGAUCAGACAGUACAAGUUGAAUAUAUUGUUCAAGUUGAUAAAGUUUCCAUUGCACCAGCUUGAUGAUUUUGAAUAAAUGUAACUGUUAUACUAAUUCCUUAAGCAAAAAUGCAGGGUGCUUUGGAUUUGUCACAUGAUAAAUGUUCAUUAUUUAUGUUGUCAUUUUCCAUUGAGUAUGAAAAUAUACUUGAGGUUACUUGCUUGAUACACUUGAAAUUUUGCUAUAUUUUGUGAUAUGUACAAAAUGUUUAUGAUGACUUGUGCAUGUGAAAUUUUAGUUGACAUUCAAAUGAUUUUGGAAAGGAAAGUAGUCAAUUUUAGG